AUGGCCGACUAUAACACCGUUUUCCAGAACAGCUUUUACAUCGGUAACAAUCUCAACGCCAUCCUCUACGGCAUAUAUCUCUGCCUAUACUAUCUCACCAUCCGCUUUGCGCUCCGUGGUGUUCGCCAUACAGACCGGAGAUAUGGAAGCUCUCAUCGCCUCUUCGUUUUACUCAGCACAUUCCUCCUCGUCAUGAUAACCGCCUGGGUCAGCAUCCAGGCGAUCUUUGGCCAGGAAAUGUGGGUAAUCAACGAGAACUACCCGGGAGGAACAGCUCAGUACUUCAACAACCACGUCUCCGUGUGGUACGAGACCAUGGGCUCCGUUAUAUCUGUCCUCAGCAGCGCCAUCACGGAUGGGUUUUUGGUUUACCGCCUAUAUAUAGUAUGGGGGCUCGACAAAAACAUCGUUGUCAUUCCGGCCUUCCUUUUCGUUGCCAGCAUCGUGCUCGGUAUCCUUACCUGCGUCUUCUCCGGGCUCCCAAACUCCGACUUCUUUUCCGGGUUCGCAUCGGAGAUCGCCCUCGCGUAUUCCGGUGUCAGCAUGGGCCUCAACGUGCUCUGCAGCUCGCUCAUCUGCGCGCGCAUUCUCUGGCUAGCACGCACCAUCCGCGCGACCCUCGGGGCUACGACCUCGCGCCCCUACACCAGUGCCGCCACGAUUAUCAUCGAGAGCAUGCUCCCCUACACGGUCUUCACGACGGCGUAUUUGAUCACGCUCGGAUUGGGCAGCCCGCUCGUGGGUUUUUUCAUAACGCCAUGCGAGAUGUUCUCGGUUCUUUCGCCCCAGAUGAUCAUGCUCCGCGUCCUUAUGGGCCGUGGACUCUCGGCCGAAACAUCCGGCGACACGGGUCGAAGCACAGUGCGCUUCGCUGUUCACACAGCCGCGUCUACCGACCCAGAGCAUACGAACACCACCGGCAACACUGCCAUUAGCCUAUCCAACCCGUCCAAGUCGUCGUUCAACCAAGUGCAUGAUGCAGUCUAA